CCAUCUUCUAUUCUCACUCUGCAAAAAAAACCCUCGAACCCUAGAGCUCAAUUUGCUCACAAAUGGCGGAACAUUUAGCGUCAAUUUUCGGCACAGAGAAAGACAGAGUCAACUGUCCGUUCUACUUCAAAAUCGGAGCAUGUAGGCAUGGCGAUCGCUGCUCCAGAUUGCACACGAAACCUAGCGUCAGCCCUACGUUAUUGCUGUCUAAUAUGUACCAGCGGCCUGAUAUGAUCACUCCUGGUGUUGAUGCGCAAGGAAACCCUAUCGAUCCGAGAAAAAUACAAGAUCACUUUGAGGAUUUCUAUGAAGAUCUGUUUGAGGAGCUGAACAAGUAUGGGGAGAUUGAAAGCCUGAAUGUUUGUGACAAUCUUGCUGACCACAUGGUGGGAAACGUAUAUGUUCAGUUUCGGGAGGAAGAAUAUGCAGCAAAAGCACUGAAGAACCUUAGUGGAAGAUAUUAUGCUGGUCGACCCAUCAUCGUUGACUUUUCACCGGUCACUGAUUUCCGGGAAGCUACUUGUAGGCAAUACGAAGAAAACACCUGCAAUCGUGGUGGUUAUUGCAACUUCAUGCAUCUGAAAAAGAUUGGCAGGGAAUUAAGGCGCCAACUGUUUGGUAGAUACAGAAGAAGACACAGCCGUAGCCGAAGCAGGAGCAGAAGUCCAUACAGACAUCGAAGCUACGAAGAACGCGGCCACGGGAGCCGAGGUCAUAGCCGAAGGUACGAUGACCGGGACCGCGACUAUGACCGUGAGCGGGACUAUUACCAUGAGAGCAGGUCUAGAAGGCACCGGAGCACGAGCCCACUUCAUAGGAGAGAGCGUAGCCGGAGUUCAGAAGGUCGAAAACAUCUUAGCCCCGUUAGGGAAGGUAGUGAAGAACGACGUGCUAAAAUCGAGCAGUGGAACAGGCAACGGGAGCAGGCGAAAGUCAAUGAGGUCAACGGGAGUGAUAAUAAUAACGAUAAUUAUCUGGAGAAUGGUGAUGGAUCCUACAAUCAGCAGCUGAAUCAAUACGCUCAUUAGAUUGGUAUUAGUCUGUUUUUCUGGUUAGUCUUUUCUUUCUAACUAACAUUCUUGAUUUCUAGAUACAUAUGAGAUGGUCAACUUAAAACGGGCUAAAGGUAAAAAGGUGUAGAGGGUAUUCUUUAGUUUUUGAUAAAAAGUGUAGGGUUCCGAAACACUUCUUAUCUAAGUCUAAAAUCCUUUUAACGAAAAAAAAUGUGAUAAAUAUGAUCAAACAAAUAUUUUGUUUGUAUAAUGAUCUAAUUUUGUAAAUAGCUUUUUUUUUAUCGUCUUGAACCACAGCAACCAUUUGUCUCACCGCCAUUUCCGCUGUGCAGGUGGUGUGCAGGUUUACAGUUCCUAUGAUUUGGAUUGUUAAAACUUAUCUUCUUUGCAUGUUUUCAUAUACUUAUUUUUACAUGUGUGAGUCUGUCCUGAUGUGUGGCAUGCAUUGCAUUUCUAGAUAUUCAGUCUUAGAUUUGUUUCCUUUUUCAAACAUAGGUAUUUUUAUUUCAUAAAACCUGAUUGUUUGUUUCCUUUUUCAAACAUAGGUAUUUUUAUUUCAUAAAACCUGAUUGCCACUAUUUUUUUUAAAGGGAACGCGUUAUGUUUUUUUCUCCACAAUAUUUUGCGUUUAAUAAUAGUGCAAAAUAAUAAUAGUGCUUUUUAACAUGGAACGCGUGUUUCCACACGUUUUCUUUUGUGUCAUACGCUUUAUAUAUAUAUUUUUUGGGUUAGGUUAACGUACAAAUGCCCUUAUCGUACAUUACGUACGCUACAAUCUCAGCCGUCCGAUCAUCUUCCCGCAUUGAAUUCGCAUGUUUUUUUAACAAUUUCGCAUGUUGGUUUUUUAACAUGCGAUUUCAUCAAAAUUACCACAUGCGAAAUUGUUACAAAAAAACAACAUGCUAUUUCAUCAAAAUUAUCACAUGCGAAAAUGGUAAAAAAACAUGCGAAUUCAUCAAAAAUUAUCACAUGCGAAAUUGUUAUAAAAAAACAUGCGAUUUUAAAAAGCGGGAAGAUGAUGUGAUGGUUGAGAUUGAAGCGUACGUAAUGUACGAUAAGCAAUAUUGUACAGUACUCUUUACCUAUAUAUUUUUAUUUAAAAAAAAAUCAAAAUGAUUGAAUUUAUCGAAUGACUUCUAUGAGGAAAAAAAACAGAAAGUAUAGUGUUUUUUAUUUUGCAAAAAAUUGUUAAGCGACUUUUAAAUGAAAAAAACAGAAAGUUUAGUGUUUUUUUAUGACAUUUUCCCUUCUUAAAAACCAUGCAUGCUUCACUUGUGCACUAAAUUGUGCUUUUUGCAGUCGCAGUUCUCUAUGAUAAAGCACGCAUCAAGGCGGGUGAUAUAAAUUUUUACAUAUAUAUGUUUAUAACGAUUUCACGAUGCUAGUUAGUUUACAGAUUUGCAGGUCGAGGAUGCCCUGCUUCUUCGAAACAAGAAUAAUUAUGAUAACCGCAGGUUUACUGUGAAUUUUUUUUACAGGUGGUUAAUUGUGACAGGAAUCUGCAGGGAAAGAUGUGGUUUACAAGCUCUUGUGGUGCAUCUGAACCAAGUAUUAAUGUGAUGAGAUUAUUAGGGAUGAUUUGUUAGGUUGAAUGGCUUUAAUUUUAAGACCAGUUGGUGAUACUAGUGGUUUAUUUAACCAUAUAUACUGACUUUCAGAUUUUCUGUUCACUUGAGUUUUGGCUGUGGCUUUGAUGA